AAAAAGUCACUUUCCUUUUUAAUUUGGCAAUUUUGACGUACGCCAUGCGGGAUGUUCCGUUUCUUUUACAAAUUGUAUUAAGUGUUAUAAGUAUUAAUUUCGAUUAAAACAGUGCCAGAAGAGAUUAAUUGUUUUUGUAAAAAAGUCUGUAACCCCGAGUUAAAUAGCAAGUCUCAGCUACAGAUUGAAGGUUAUGGUUUAUCAUUAAAAUGGGAGAAGUCAAGAUAACGAAAAAUAGCAGUUGUAAAAUUGUAGCAGUACGAUAUAGAUUUAUAUUCGAAAAUAUAGGAGGUGGAGAACCACAACUUCAGUUUUUACCUCAUCCUGUUGUAGUACAGAAAGUCGAUGUUCCAAAAAAGGAAGAAGAAAAUAAGGAACCAAAAGAGGAAGAAUUGUUAUCUGAAAAUGUAGAAUAUGAAGAUGAUGUUGAGUACUUGCGGAGCUUGGAUCCCAAGGAAUGGAAAAAUCAAGACCAUUAUAAAGUACUUGGGAUAGGUAGUCUGAGAUUCAAAGCAACUGAAGACAUUAUUAAAACUGCAUAUAGGAAAAAGGUAUUGAAACACCAUCCUGACAAAAGAAAAGCUUUAGGAGAAGAAGUUAAGGCUGAUGAUGAUUAUUUUACUUGUAUAACAAUGGCAUAUGAAACCCUAGGUAAUGUUAACCGAAGAAGGGCCUAUGAUUCAGUAGAUCCAGAAUUUGACAAUAAUUUACCCAGUUCUAGCGAUUUGAAGAGGGAUUUCUAUGAAGUAUUUUCUUAUUAUUUUAAUUUAAAUUCUCGGUGGUCAGAAAAAUCAAGAGUUCCCAAAAUAGGCAAUUCUAAUUCAAGUAGAGAAGAAGUAGAACAUUUUUAUUCAUUUUGGUACGAUUUCAAGUCAUGGCGUGAAUAUUCUUAUGAAGAUGAGGAAGAUAAAGAUAAAUGCCAAGAUCGAGAAGAAAGGAGAUACGUAGAUAAAUUAAAUAAAGCAGAACGACUUCGAAAGAAAAAAGAGGAAAUGUCUAGAAUACGACAGUUGGUAGAUUUAGCUUAUAAUAAUGAUCCUAGAAUAGCCAAAUUUAAGCAGGAUGAUAAGGAAAAGAAAUUGGCUGCAAAGAGAGCAAAACAGAGUGCCGCCCAAGCAAAGAAGGAGGAAGAAGAACGUUUGUUAAAGGAAAUGCAAUUAGCGAAAGAACAGGCUGAAGCUGCAGAAAAAGCCAGAAUUGAAGCUAAAAGACAAGAACGGGAAGCCCAAAAGAAGGCUAUUAAGAAAGAACGCAAAACCCUACGUGAUAUUUGUAAAUCAAACAAUUACUAUGCAGAUAGCAAUGAACAAAAUUUAGCACAUAUGACAGCAGUUGAGGCAAUCUGUGAAAGAUUGUCUUUAAUUGAAUUAGAAGAACUUAAUAGAAACAUCAAAAAUAUUGGGAAGUCAGCUUUUCUGAAAGCCUUAAAAGAAAACGAAGUCCGUGAGGAGCAAGAGCGAUUGGCGGUUCUCGAUGCAGCUAAACAAAAGAAUAAUACUAUAGAGAACAAAACCGCUGCAGUUGUUAAAAUGACGCCAGAGUGGAAUGAAAAUAAUAUCCAGUUGUUAGUGAAAGCCGUAAACUUAUUUCCUGCUGGAACAAAUCAGAGGUGGGAAGUUGUAGCAAAUUUUAUUAAUCAACAUGGCACUUUUAGUGAGAAUAAUAGUAAAUUCAAUGCAAAGUUGGUUCUUGCCAAGGCUAAAGAUUUGCAAAAUACGGAUUUUUCCAAAAAUAAUCUUAAAGAGGUAGCAAAUAAACAAGCAUUUGAUAACUUUAAAAAAGAUAAGAAAAAUGUUUUGAACAUCGAUGAAACGGGAAUAUCUAAGAAGUUGGAUGGCGUUAGCCUUAAUGGAGACGCUGACAUAAAACCAACGAGUGGGGUUAAGAAAACGUCCUCUAACGGAGAUAUAAAGGUGCCAACUAAAACAGAAUUGCCCUGGACGACAUCUGAACAGCAACUGUUGGAACAAGCCUUGAAAACUUAUCCUUCAUCUACUCCAGAAAGGUGGGAUAGGAUUGCCGAGUGUAUUCCUAACAGAACAAAAAAGGAGUGUAUGAAGAGAUACAAAGAACUCGUAGAAACAGUGAAAGCAAAAAAAGCAGCCCAAGCAGCUUUAGCUUCUAAAUGAUAGCGUGAACAUUUAGUUACUUAAAAUUGAUAUUUAUUUCUUUUUAACAAUAAUUAAUUAUGCUCCCUGACAUGAUUACAUUGCAACAACAAAGCAAAUUUAGUACAUUGUGAAGCCUUUGUUAAUUAUACUUGAUCUUUUCACGGUGUCUACAUUAAAUUACCCUUGUCUGACAUAUUCUUCUAUAUUGCAAAAUGUUUUUAAAAUAUAUUCUUCAUCUUGUA